AUGUCUGAGCCACCUCCUACAAGUACCGUUCACGACAAGCACAAGACCUGGAUCUGUGAAGGGGACGGCAAAGGCACCGAGUGCAACACGUACAACGACGUCAACGACCUGAUGUGUCGAAAAUGUUACUAUGAAGUCGACGGUGAGAUACAGGUGAAGGCCGCGGAUGCUCACGAAAUGGAAACCGGGUAUCUCGACAGCUUCGAAAAUGGUGUAGCGAAAUGGCAAUACUAUUCCCAUUUUCUCAAGAGAGGUCCAAUUGUGGAGGAUGCGCCCGGUAACAAUGCGCCUGUACCCAGAGGCACGAUUCCCGGAUAG